UGUGAACUCUGUGAUUGUGCAGGGAGUGGAUGCCAAUCUCGAUUUUUAGGUUUGAAGGUGGAAUGGCCAGAGCUAAGAGGAGUGAGUGGACUCAAAGCAAAGAAAAAAAUAGAAAGUUAUAAUCCACAUGUGACUGCUUUUAUAUAUACUCAAGGUGAUGUUUAUCUACCAGCCAUCAAUUGUUGCAACUGUGUCGUUCUCUAUGUUCCAAGCAACAAUUGCCCCAACGGUCCGGUCUUCAAUCGUCCCGUUAUCGGA